ACAUGCUCCUCUCUUCAUUUUAGAGACUUCUCCAGGAGUUGCUGAGGUGACAUUUGUGGAAAAGGAGCCAGCUGAACACCACACAAUCAUUUCAUGGGAGCAAAAAAACUCCUGCAUAUUGCCAGAGGAUUUAAAGAACUUCUAUCUGAUGACCGAUGGCUUCCAGAUGACCUGGAGUGUGAAGACUGAUGAUACCCCAAUGCCCCUGGGCUCCAUGGUGAUUAAUAGUGUCUCAAAGCUGUGUCGGCUUGGCAGUUCCUCUAUGUACACUCUGCCUAAUGCACCAACUCUUGCUGACCUGGAAGAUGACACAGACGAGGAAGGUAAUGGAGACAAACCAGAGAAGCCACACUUUGAUUCUCGUAGUCUAAUCUUUGAAUUAGACCCAUGCAAUGGGAAUGGGAAAGUUUGUCUUGUUUAUAAGCACGCUAAACCAGUUGUCUCCCCAGACACAGAGAUAUGGUUCCUGGACAGAGCUCUGUAUUGGCAUUUCCUCACCAAAACCUUCACGGCCUACUACCGCCUGCUCAUUACCCACCUGGGUCUCCCACAGUGGCAGUACGCCUUCACCAGCUAUGGGGUCAGCCCCCAGGCCAAGCAAUGGUUUAACAUGUAUAAACCCAUAACCAUCAACACAGCUCUCCUCUCUGAAGAGGCCGAUUCCUUUGUGAACAAGCUGGACCCCAAUAAGGUAUUUAAAAGCAAGAACAAAACUCCAGUGAUCAAAAAGAAACCACCCUCCCAGCCAGCAGGCUCCCAAAAGAGUCACACAAGCAUGACCUCCUCCAAGACAUCCUCACUAGCUGGGAAUUCUUCAAGGAAGUGAGACCCCCAGAUCUGACCCUGGACAGCAAUUGCAAUAAGCUUUGAUGUUCUCUGAUGCAGAGUCUCAGUGGUUCAGACAAAGUUCCUUGUGCAUGAAUAGAUGUACCCAU